AUGUCCAAGACACUGUACAUUCUUUACGAGGCCCCAACGGGUUACGCUAUCUAUAAGGUCCUCACCACCGAAGAGAUCGGCGCCGGGGAUGUGGCUCUGCAGAAGGACCUGCAGGACUUCGCCACCUUCUCCCCGUGGGUGAAACUCAUGUCCUUCGCGCCCUUUCAAUCACCAGAGAAUGCCCUUGAGGAUGCUGUUUGCAUCAGUGAGUCCCUUGUUAGCCCGUUUCUGAACAACUUCCUCACAUCUGUGCUCGCCAAGAAGGCAAAGAAGGAUGAUGCCAGCUGGGAGCUUGGUGUGUGUGAUGCAAAGCUUGGUGGUGCUAUUCACGACGAGCUUAACUUCCCUGUUGUGUGCAAUGAGAACGUUGUGGAGAUUGCCCGCUGCCUCCGCACACACGCAGAGAAACUGUUGCCAGAACACAAGGAGGGUGAUAUCCCACGUGCACAGUGUGGUCUUGGUCACGCCUUCUCUCGUAACAAGGUGAAGUUCAACGUCCACCGCAGUGAUAACAUGAUCAUUCAGUCCUCUGCCCUCGCAGAGCAUAUGGACAAGGGCGUGAAUCUCCUCGGCAUGCGUGUGAAGGAGUGGUACGGCUGGCACUUCCCAGAACUCGCCCGUGAGGUCCCAGAGCCACUGAAGUAUGCGAAGAUCGCCCUCUUACUGGGCAGCCGCAGUACACUCGAGGAGAGAGACGCGGAAGAAGUCACAGCGCAGAUUGCAGAUAUCCUCGACGGUGAUGCUGCACUCGCCGCACGUGUGUAUGAAAAGGCCGUCACUUCCAUGGGCGGAGAUAUGGCAGAAGUGGAUUGGGUGAAUAUUCGCAGCUUCACUGAGCGUGUGACUUCACUCGGUGCCUAUCGCGAGUCCCUGCAACAGUACCUCGUUGAUAAGAUGAUGCUCGUCGCUCCAAACUUGACAGAACUGAUGGGCCAGAACAUUGGCGCGAAGCUCAUCUCAAAGGCAGGCUCACUCACCAAUCUCGCAAAGGCACCCGCCAGUACAAUUCAGAUCCUCGGUGCGGAAAAGGCACUCUUCCGUGCUCUCAAGAAGCGCAAGGGCAACACUCCAAAGUAUGGACUUAUCUUCCACUCAAGCUUUAUUCAACGCGCCCCGAAGGAGCAUCGCGGAAAGAUCUCUCGCUAUCUUGCCAACAAGGCCGCUCUUGCAUGCCGCAUCGAUUGCUUCAUGGAUGUUCCACCAGCAGUCUUCGGUGAAAAGCUGCGUGAACAGGUGGAGGCACGUCUCAACUUCUUCGAUACAGGCAACAAGCCACCAUCGAAUAAAGCAGCCAUGGCAGAGGCACUUGAGCAGUAUCAGAAGAUCCUCCGCAAACGUGCCAAGAAGCAGCGCGCGGAGAAAAGCGAAGAAGAAGAGGAAACCAAUGGAGAGAACGGUGCUGAGAAGAACGAGACACCAAAGAAGAAGCAGAGACGCCGUGAAGUGGUAGAGGAGUCCGACUAG